AUGUCAACUUGUCAACUCAGAAUGGCUCAAUCUUUCCAUCUCUCUUCUCCUAUCACGGGCAUUAGUCCCAUAGAACCUAGUAAUUGUUGCUCCGACCUGGUUGCGCUCGAUGUGACUCCGGGGGAGUUGAUCGAGGGACACGCAGCGAGGUCGGAGCGCAAGAAGGUGAUUGUGGUGGGUGCUGGAGUUUCUGGUCUGCAUGCUGCGGCUGUCUUGCACCGCCAUGGCUGUGAAGUGGUGGUAUUAGAAGCACGCGAUCGCAUUGGUGGAAGAAUCCUGACCAGCCGAAAGGGUGACCAUGUCCGAGAUAUUGGCGCCGCUUGGAUGCAUGAAACUUCCCAGAACAGCCUGGUGAAUCUCAUUCCUCAGCUAUCUAUCCCAUAUUAUUAUGAUGAUGGCGUUCCUCUGUACUUCACUAGAGAAGGCCGAGCUGGAUCCCAGUUCAAAGCUAAGAAAGUCGCAGACGAGUUCGCUGACUACUGCGAGUGGUUCUACGAAACUAAUCCGGAGGCCGAGGACCGUCCUGUCCACGAAUUUGCGAAAGAGUUUGUCCUCCAACAUCAGCUCAUCACCGAAGAUGAGCGUGAUUGGGCUCCGCAGGCUGUCCGCGAGGUCGAGUUGUGGAUCGGCACUAGUACCGAUCAAGCAUCGUCCAAGCACCUCUCUUACUUUAUCACCGAGCGCAAUCUAUAUAUGAAGGGUGGCUAUGAUCGCAUCGUGAACUGGACUGCAGAGACUCUCCAAAGCGAUGAAAGCAUCAUCAGACUCAACCACGUCGUCGAGAAUGUGGAGUGGAGCGAAGACGGAACCGCGCCAACUCGAAUCCGAUACAAGGAUGCUGCUGGAGAAAUCGGCUUCGUCGGGGGUGAUGCAGUGAUCAUGACUAUUCCACUGGGGGUCUACCACCACAACCUCAUCUCAUUCAAUCCGCCCUUGUCGGGUGACCUCCAAGAAGGCAUGGCCAAGUGCAGCUAUGGAGCCUUGGGUAAAGUGUUUUUCGAAUUUGCCGAAGUCUUCUGGUCAAAGGACAACGACCAGUUCGUCUUCUACCCAUCUCCACCAGAGGAAUCGGAUAUUUCCUCCGGAUCAUCAAUGCAGUCCAACCCCAGUAUAAACUCCAUCGGGGAGAAAGAUAAUAUCCUCAACUACCCCACCGUGACGAUCAACCUAUGGAUUAUGACGGGCAGCAAAGAGCUGUGCGUACAGAUUGCCGAGCCUUUGACGCAGCGCAUCGAGAACAUGCAAGAUCCAAAGGAGAUAUAUCUAUUUUUUGAACCACUUUUCAAAAUAUUUCGUGCAGAACCUUACAAGGCUUUGCCACGCCUGAUCAAUGUUGAAACUACACAUUGGACGCAGGACCCGCUGGCUGGGUAUGGAUCCUACUCUGCCGACAAGGUUGGAGAUGACCCGCAGCUGCUGGUUGAUGCGUUGGAAAACCAUAAACUCAGUCGCCUGCAGUUCGCCGGCGAGCAUUGUACCCUUGUUGGUAAUGGUUGCGUGCAUGGCGCUUUCAAGUCGGGUGAAACCGCUGCAACCAAUCUGCUCGAGGGCUUUGGCAUCCCGUACGAUGGUAAUGACCUCAAUCUGAAAUGA